AUGUAAAUUUUAUCACAAAUAAUUUCAACAAUUCUUUUCUUUAGUACUUUAACAAUAGCUCAAGAUUUAAUUUCUUUAGGUAAUUAAUGCAGUUGUUAAUAAUUGACUUCAUAAAUUGAAUGUUAAUAUUUUAUCAGAUGCCAAUUCAUUGAUUAAGUUUGUUCUUAAAAAUCUUGUGAUUAGAUGAAUUUUUAAGCUUGUUAAACUACGGAUUGUGCUUGGAACAAAGGAAAAUGUUCUAAAUUUACAAAAUGCUAAGAUUAUGAAGUAACCAAUGAACAAGAUUGUUUAAACCUUAGAAAUUCCUGCAUUUAUAAUAAUUUAACAAAAAGUUGUACACCAUAGGAACCUUUAAGUAAAAAAUGUUCUGAGUAGGAAUAGAAUAAUUGUUAUUAUGGAAUUGAUGGUAAAUGUAUUUAUAAGGAUAAUAAAUGUUAAAUAUGGAUAGAUUGUGAAGAUGCAGAAUAUGGACAUUGUGCAUAUGGAAAUAAUCAUUGUUUUUGGAAUACAGAAAAUGAUAAAUGUUUAUCUGUCCAAUCAUGUGAAUAGAUUGAAGAAUAAUUAUGCCUUUUUGCUUUUCCUGAUAUAAAUAAAAUUGAUGCUUAUAUAUGUCAAUAUGAUAAGAAUGGGAAAUGUUAAAACUUUAAUCCAUCUAACUAAAAUCUAGAAACUUGUAUUGCUCAAUCUUAUGGAUAUUAUUAAUGGAUUAAUGGAAAAUGCACAUCUUGUUAAUCAAGUGAUUAUGAUGUCAUCACAUCAGCAUUAUUUUUAACUAUUCUUUUGAUUUAUUGAUAAAU